ACAAUUCGCUGACAAUGCUGUCAGCAUGUUCGUUUACUACCACAUAGGAACGCCCAAAUCUUGCUUUCCUGUGUUACCACCCUCGAAUUAAUAAAAUGGGCAGAUACUAGCCGUAGUAUGGGAGUAGCGUAAGAGUCGAGGUGGUUUUCUUUAAAGUUAAGAACGAGCUUGGCGCUGGUCCCCAGGAAACUGUGCGACGCCUCAGGACUCGUUAGCAUGGCGCUGCCCUUCUCGAAGGACCUGGAGAAGUACAAGGACGUCAACGAGGAUGAGCUCCUGAACAAGCUGACUGAGGAGGAGCUUAAGCAGCUGGAAUGUGCUCUGGAGGAACUGGACCCAGAGAAUGCACUGCUGCCAGCAGGCAUGCGUCAGAAGAGCCAGACCAGCAAGGCUGCCACCGGCCCCUUGGACAGGGAACGCCUGCUGAGCUUCCUGGAGAAGGAGGCGAUGGAGCACCAGGACCGGGAAGACGUAGUUCCGUUUAAGGGCGAGAAGAAAGGCAAAGUUUGGGUGCCGAAGCAGAAGCCAGUUGAAGCUCACCAGGAGGACACGACCACACUGGACCCAGAACUGGAAGAAGCCCUUUCGGGGGCCACAAACACGGAGCUGUGCGACCUGGCGGCUAUUCUUGGAGUACAUACCCUGGUGACUAAUGCACAGAGCUACGAUGGCACCUGCAGUAAAGGAGGCUACAGCAAUGUCAUCAAGGGGGAGACGGUGAAGCCGGUCUUCGACGAGCCGCCCAACCCCACCAACGUGGAGGAGACCCUGCAGAGGAUCAAGGCCAACGACCCAACUCUGAAGGAGGUCAACUUGAACAACCUCAAGAACAUUCCCAUCCCGACACUGAAGGACUUUGCCAAAGCCAUGGAAAAGAACACUCACGUGAAGAAGUUCAGCCUUGCGGCAACUCGGAGCAACGAUCCCAUUGCUGUGGCCUUUGCUGACAUGCUGAGGAGCAACAAGACCCUGAAGAGUCUGAACCUGGAGUCCAACUUCAUCACCAGUGCUGGUGUUCAGGCCCUGGUGGAGGCGCUGCGGGAUAACGACACGCUGACAGAAAUCAAGAUCGACAAUCAGCGACAGCAGUUGGGGACCAAGGUGGAGAUGGAAAUUGCCAAGAUGCUGGAGAGCAACCAUAGCAUCACCAAGUUCGGCUACCAUUUCACCCAGCAGGGCCCAAGGGCGCGGGCAGCGGCUGCUGUCACGAAGAACAAUGAUCUAGUUCGCCGAAAGCGGGUGGAAGGCGACGCGUAGAUCUUCGGGCGGCUCAUCCGUGUCCCGCCCGGCUGUGGACUCCGCCACCUCCCACUAUCCUGCAGUCAUGUGCCAAACUUCAAGGCGUGACCUCCUUAACCCAGGAACAAGGGGACUGACUGGAAUCCGCCCUCUUUCAUUCUCGCUCCUCCUGUCAUAGUUCACUCCUGUAGUUUCGUCUCUCUUUCUCUUGCCCAUGCGUGUAUCACCUGCGGCCAUCUGCAGGGGGAGCUGCUUGUAGGGCAGGACCUGGGGGAGGGACUUCAUCUGGAGGGCAGUUCUGUCAUUUUAUUUCUUUGAAAUAGUUUUUAAUAUUGUGAAGCUGAGGCCCAACAAAAGGCCAGGUUAUGAACCCAAGGAGUGUAUGUGUGCGUGCCUGUGUGUGUAUGUGUGUUCUGUGUGAGAGAGAACUGAUGUCAUUCCAUCAACUUACUCAUUAUACUUGGGACACUAAUCUCCUUCUGCAACUUUUCCAUCUGCCUGACUGUGCUCUUUGACUGUAGCUGUGUGUUUGCCUGUGCUUCUGCUGGUUGGGCAUUUUAUUGAAUUAAUUGUGAAAAUCAUAUGGAACUGAUCUCUGCAACGGCUGUUAAAUGACCCCACCUGCGGGUCCCGGGACCUACGAAGCCAUGUGUUCACCCCCCCUGCGGGCCCCGGGACCUUGGAAGCCGUGUGUUCACCCCGCCUGCGGGCCCCGGGACCUACGAAGCCAUGUGUUCACCCUGCCUGCGGGCCCCGGGACCUUGGAAGCCAUGUGUUCACCAAGCCUGCAAGCACAGGCCUUUGGAUUCUGUAGCGUGGUAGCUUGAGCUUCUGCAGACAUUAAUCUGCUUGGUUCUGGUUCUCUGGUGCAGCGGCACCGCUCAAGGCGACCCUCAGACACGUUCAUAGGGCACCAUGCGGGCAGCCAAAAAGCUUAUGGACCAAGUAGCAUGAGUAUUAAUUUAAAAGGAAGAAGUGUCAGACCAUCCAACUAUCUAGUUCUAUGCUAUAGAUGACCAUUCCGAGGAUGCUCGUCAUUGCCUCUGUCUCUUUAACGUGCUGAGUAUCUUGCAUGCAGUGAGUGUUCCUCCCCUGUCUGUGUGGGUGUUUUCUCACCAAGCCUGUGCAAGGCGAGAGCUCCGAAACCUGCUACACACAAAAAGAAAUAAAAAAUCCUCCAAGCUGCUGUUUCUCUAGAGUGGUGUUUCCCAGUGUGGUCCUUGGGGGCCCACAGCCUGCCAGCCAGCUCCCUCCCAGCUGGACUGUCUGAUGGGAGCAGGAAGAUGGACUGACUGUGGGUCCCCGAGGACCAAAUUGGGAAACGCUGGUCUACAGAAUGUAAAUUUUGAAGCAAAAUAAAUGCGGGCAUAUUCUGAACGGUUCCACUCAUCUGGUGGCUUCGCAUCGGCGCGCUGUAAGGAUGCAUGGGGGUGUUUAUGUGCCCUAAAUGUGAAAACCCAGACCGUCAAACCCAGACCGUCAGACAUUGCCCCAAGCUGCUGCCUCCAAUGUCCGUAAAACACUGGUGUGGAAAUGGCUUCUGCGUACCUCUGACCUGUUUUUAUUUUUAUUUUUUUUAACCAAUUCCCAGACCUUUUCGUGAAUUGUAAAAUGUUCUUUUAAGAUGUUUUAUAGUUUUGUUAAUAAACCAUCUUUCUCUCAAACCA